AUGGCGACUCACCAAGACUCUCAUCACGUCACCAGUGAUUGGUCACCUUCUAGACCUUCGUCUGUAUCAGUUACAUCUGAAGUGCAUCGCAGCACAGGCAUUCCAAGCCAGCAGCCCAAUAACUUUCAGAACGAUGAAUCAAUAAGUGACUAUACGAUCAUUCCUACAGAGGAAGAGUUCCGAGAAGAAAUCCACCGGCCCUCAUCAACCAGUCCUUCAGGCAUCGAUGAGGGGGAUCUCAACCAGACGGAGAAGAACAGCCUACUUUACCAACCUCUCGACAGAGUUUCAACCUUGAAACAAUGGAGUCUCGAGUUUGCAGCACUUCUGACCUCUGUGACUGCCUUCAUUGUAAUGGUUAUUCUCUUGGUGGUCAGCGAUGGCAAGCCGCAACCGGCUUGGGCGUAUAGUGUGAGCAUCAACACACUUGUUGCCAUUCUGACCACCCUCUUGAGAGCCGCGAUGUUAUUCGUACUAUCAGAAGUCUUUGGACAAGCCAAAUGGUUGUGGAUGUCGGCGCCGCGGCCGCUACGUCAUGUCGAACAUUUUGACAACGCUGGCAAGGGUGCAUGGGGAUCACUCAAGUUCCUAGUAGCCAUCCGUAAACCGAACGCAACGGUACUAGGUGCUCUGAUUGUGGUUGCUUCUUACGCCACCGGCCCCCUUUCCCAGCAAGCUGUCAAAACAUAUUCCUGCGAGGUCUCAUCUGUUGGAAUAGCUCGUAUCUUGACAGCCGAACGUGUUACGAGGCACGAUUCCGAAAUAAGUGGUGCACAUACCAACGCGAAGAUGAGCACCGCCAUUAUCAACGGUCUACUUGGCAUACCUCCCGACAGUUCUCUACUAUUCAAGUGCGAGUCGGGUAACUGUGUAUUCGAAAACCUCUCUGGAGUUACGCACUCGUCUGUCGGGGUUUGCAGCAAGUGUGCCGAUGUGAAGUCCGAUUUGAAUGAGUUUGAAGACUCAAAGACAAAAUUGCUCGGCAGAUAUCGUAACAAUUACCGCUUCCACAAGGACUCUAACUUCUCCAUCAACACUGGCGUUGAACCGGAAUUGUUCAAUACAACAACAAUCAUUAACCAUCACGAUGAGAGUCCGAUCAUCACGUCUUUCCUGACGCUCUCAGUGGAAGGUUGCGUUGCGCAGCGUAACCCAGAUGCCCCGGCCGAUCGAUAUUGCGAGCAUGACUAUAAGAAUAUGCCGAGGCUCAGCUCUGACCUUGAUAUUGUGGCUGCCAACUGCAGUCUGUAUCCUUGUAUUCGCUAUUAUAGUGGAAACGUUACGAAUGGUACUCUGAAUGAGCAUCUGCUUUCGACUGAGCCAUUGUCUCAUAAUGGGUCGUUGUACGUUUCGAUGAUCCAGCCUUGCAUCAUAGACGAAAGAUGGUACGAUUUAUCUAAUAUCACCGAUGCCCCUCGAGAUGGCCUAGCCUGGGCCGGGUGGACUUCAGACGGAGUCACAAAGGAGGCGCCGGGUCAAUGUGUCAGAACCAUGAACAAACGCGAAUUCCAUGGCAUUAGAUUAUUCUUCGAGGAUAAACUAAAAGGGGAGUGCAAACUCUUCGAUGUCACCGAAAACGGACCAACAUCUCCUGAAGCGGUCAAUGGAAUCGGAAACUCCAGCCAGCUACAAUGCCAAACAGGUUGGUGGCUCGACGCUCUUUACAGCGGAGGACUGGCCACGUUUGACAGCCUUGCAUCUGCUCACGACAACAUGUCUGUCGCUAUAACGAAUCGUAUGCGACUUAAUGGACGGAGUUGGUCAGAAACGGAGACAUCAAACAGCUAUCAGGAGGGAACCUGUAACCAAACGUCCAUUUGCGUAAGGCUUGAAGCAUGGUGGCUACUUUACCCUGCAGCACUUCUAGUAUUGACAUCAGCCCUGCUCGUGGCCGCAUAUGUGCAAAGUUGCCGGGACAGCGGGAAGCAGCCCAUCUGGAAGUCGUCAAUCCUUCCUUUGAUAUUCUACAACAUAUCAGAGGAACACAGCUCGAAUGAGCGAAAUGAUGGACGAGAAAUUGGCUCAUCAGUACCUCUUCUACAACUCUCUGAACUGGAGUCUCGGGCCGACAAGACAAUAGUGAGUUUUUGUGGUGGUAAGGAAGGCGCAAGGUUCAUUGUUGAGGAAGGGGUCGUGGAAGCCAAGGGAGAUUCGGGGAGCAAAGAUGUAAGCCAUGGUGACUGA